AAAACAAGGCGAGUAUCUGUCCCGCUCCCUCCCUGUCAGCGUCUGUCCGCCCCGCAGAGCUGCGGUACUACCUAAAAACGUGUUGUUUUAGCAAAAAUGAGCGACAAAGGUCUGUCAGACGAGGUAGCGGCAUCAGCUUGUAAAGAUGGAGACCCAAUAACUAAGGAUUUCAUGAUGCAGCAGACGAUGCUGCGAGUUAAAGAUCCAGUUAAAUCCUUGGAUUUCUACACCAGAAUCCUCGGCAUGACGCUCCUGCAAAAGUUCGACUUCCCCUCCAUGCGUUUCUCUCUCUUCUUCUUGGGCUACGAGGACAAGAAGGAGAUUCCCACAGAUGUGAAGGAAAAGACGGCAUGGACCUUUUCCAGAAGAGCCACCAUCGAGCUGACACAUAACUGGGGCUCUGAGUCUGAUGAGAGCCAGUCUUAUCAUAAUGGAAACUCUGAUCCACGUGGCUUUGGACACAUUGGAAUUGCAGUUCCCGACGUCUAUGCAGCCUGCAAACUGUUUGAAGAGCAAGGUGUCACAUUUGUCAAGAAGCCCGAUGAUGGUAAAAUGAAAGGAUUGGCCUUCAUUCAGGACCCUGAUGGUUACUGGAUUGAGAUCUUGAGUCCCAACAAUAUGGUGUCCAUUACCUCCUAAAACCUAUGACGACAUGCUACCGGCUGCAGUGCGUACAGGCCAGGCCUGCUGUGGCUUCAUUGGGAGAGAAGAACACUGAGGUGUAGCGAAGAAUUUAGCAACGCACGCUGAAGAGCUGAGGGAAAAUGGAGCGGGAUCACUUGCACAAUGGCAAUCAGUGUGUCUGGGCAUGGGCUGGACUAACAUUGGACAGUUGAUGAGUAAAUAGAUUAGAUAUGCAAGUUAUUGCUAUGAAAAGCAAGUACUUUGUGUGGCUGUUGAGUUUGUCUACCAUCAUCAGUUUGUAUGUGUCUUCAAAAAGUAAUGCUAAAAUGAUGUGGCAUUCAUGUGUAAUAAAUGUGAAAGCAACCGUUCAAAUAAAAUGGAUUUGUAAUUUCUUUUAGUUUAGGGAGACAAAAUGGAAAGUAAUGGCAUUUUUAGCUAUAACACUUAAGUUCAAGUAGUAGAGGUGUCAACAAUCUCAGUGAAAGUGGUGAUUAUAGCAAGACACGACGAGGUGACCUGACUCCUUUCUCACAGUGUGUUUGAGAUUCAGAUGGUUGCUGUACCACUACCAUCUAAGACCUGACUACCACAUUUGGCAUCAUUUUGGGUGAGACUAAACCGUUCAGAAAUAUAAUACAAACUUUUAUGAUCAUUUAAAAAUCUUUGCUGAAAAAGAAAUUAACAAUCGAAACAUUUCCAUUUGAUGUUUUCAAAAAGGAGACUUCUCAUAUAUCGGUACAAAAUUCAAGAUUUCAUCCCAAAAUUUCAAUUUAAUGGAAUAAAUUUACCACAAACUUCCACAUGUUCUCUUACAUGAGAAGGAAAAUGUCUACAGUAACAUUUACAGUCACAUGUUUGUGUAUGAGCAGAAACUUCAAUGAAUUUUCAAACCCAUCACUAAAAUUAUUUGAUGAGAUCUUAAUAUAAUGAAAAGUAAUUUGUAUGUUAAAUAAGUAACAAUUUACUAUAAGUAACAUACUUACAAUGUUAAAUAAGUAAGUAUGUUAAAUUUGAACUAAACAAAAAUGGGUAAAAGUUUGAAUUACUUUACAAUUUGAUAUAAUAAGAACGAUAGAUUUCAUAUUUAGAAUAAUUUGAUUUCAUUUAGGUUGAAAUGAAUGAAAGGUUCUCUUCAUUAAGGCCUACUGUCAAAACUGUACUUGAUUGGUAUUUAAUGUAUUAUGAAAGUUUGUAACUUGAAGAGGAAAUCAGAUCACAUGGAGUAUAUCCACCCACUUUGCCUUCAGUGGUUCAACAUGUCUAACCAUCGUUGGCUUGUAUGCAAGCUAAAAGCCUGUAUAUGUCCUCAGCAUUGUUACCAACGUUGAAGUCAUGCUUGAUCCUGUUAUUUGAUAAGCGCUAGGAAACUUCAGUCUAUCUGAUAUUUGAUCCCCAAAGUAUUCAAGGCACUAGUUUUUAGACCGGUUCUACAUGCAGGCACUGCAGCUUCAUAGGUCAAUGCACCUGUCUUAUAAACAGAAGAUUCUAGGGUUCAAAUCCCAGCAAUGCCCACUUGACAGUUAUGCUUCCAGUAUAUUUAAGACUCUUUAAAGCAAUGAUAACAAACUCUGAUCUUCACUACUCAAAGUAAGGCUGCUUUUCAUUCUACCCAUCUAGUCUGGGACUGCUAUACAUCCCCCUUACAAAGGAAGUGCAAUUAAUAGCACGAUAACAUAAAACAUUUGCACUCCUGCAGGUCUAAGAGAUUGUGAACCAAUGCUGUAACACAGCAAGUAGUUCUGUAGAUUUGUAGAUGUGCUGAGUAAAUUACUUGCUGUUUGUGGCUGAAGCCCACUAGAGAUGAGACUUUACUGUAUCAUAAACCUCUGAAAACACUUUUCUUCAUCUUAAAGUUCAGUUUGGCUGCAGUAUUUGUGGAUUACACACCAUUUCUGAUGACCACUUGCACCCUGGCAGAGAGGUUCAACCUUAGAGGUUGGUGGUUUGAGUCCGUUCGAGGGUGAUGUGACAUUAUUUUGUCACAAGAGCAUUGUUAACGUCCAUGAAGUUACAGUUAUUCCUGCAGUUGAACUUCUUCAGGGCCUCUGUGAACCUACCGAUAGUUAUGGUCUUUGCAGCAUUGUCUGUUCUUUUUACCUAAAUUCUGCAGACACAUUUGCAAAUUCAUCAAAACAAGGCCAACCUAACAGCUCUGUGAACAACAUGCUAACAUGCUCACAAUGCCCUAUGUGGUACUGACCUCUCAACUACUUCAAUUAAACACAGUACAAGAGUUGUCAGUGCGAUGACAAGGAACACAAAACUCACAUUACAUGUCAGGUCAAGUUGUUGCAGCAAAUGUGUCACUGCCAGAAUUUUACUAACUAUGGUAGCAUGAACUGUAGUCAUGGAUCUUUUUUUUUUUUAAGAUUAUUUUUUGGGGAUUUCUGCCUUUAUUUGACAGGAAACAAGGUCAGAGAGAUGGGUGUGACAUGCAACGAAGGUCCCCUUUGCGAUCAAACCAGGGACGUUGCAAUUAUGUGGCAUGCGCACUAACCAUUUGGCUACUGGGGCGCUACGUAGGCAUGAAUCAUUACGUUGUUUGAUUUCAGUGAAUUAAUUCUUGUAAACAAAUGAAAAAAAAAAAAAAACUACACAAACUACAUGCCUUUGCAUUGGAGGUUUACCGUCUGGACUAUGACUGCCUCAGUGAUUGGAGACGCUGCUUUCAGCAUGUCAGUCAGAUGUAUGGUUGGUGUACAUCUUCUAUUAACAAUAUGCAAAUCUAGACGUAAAUGUAAAAGGCAAAUCAAAAAUAGUGCUUGUUUUUUCUGUUGAUGAGAACUGUGGACACAAGGAUGCUCCCUGGUCUCGCCCUGCAUGCUUUGCAUCACCGAAUACAUUUGCUUGUGAGGAUUAAGGUGAUUAAAGAUAUUGUUUGUUUGAAUGUGUGUUUGGGUACUGGAAGUUUCUCUGUAUUCAAACUAUGUCUAGGGGAAUGAUUCAGACUUUUGAUAUCUUAGUUGUAUUUACGCACUGCUCUGAUUGGUCCGUAUAAUAUGAGGGCUCUCACUGAUAAUGUGGAGAGAACCUGUAACCAAAGCUCCCACAUAAUACAUAGUCAGCACAUCUGUCAGCUUUGUCUUUGAAUAAGGAGCAUCUCCUCUCUUUUCAAAAAAAUCCACUAUUCUGAGCUUCCUGCAUUUGUCAGUGACAUAAUUUCUGGUGAGUGUCAACAUAAUUCAAAUUGCCCCUUGAGGGAUGAAUGAGGUAUUUUUAAUUGAAUUGUAGUAACAGGUUUGGUUGUUUGAAAAAAGUUGCUAAAAGUGUCAGGGUUAUUGUUUAAAUCCCCCAUAGUCAUCUAUACUAAACUUAAGCAUAUUGCAAAGUGUGGAAAUAACUGUAAAUGAAGUGCAUGGUUUUAUUUUCAAUUUGUAAAUUUUCUGUACUUUAAAAAGAAAGCUCAUGUUCCUCAGUCAGUCUUGUGAGUAAGUGUAAAUUAAGGUUGAAUGAAUAAGCUCUGCACCCUGUUGUGAUAGCAUGAUAUAAUUCAAUGAUACAUAUUUACUAUAAGGUGUACUAUAAAGCGCUUCAAAAAUAA